AUGGACCCUGCAUCGUUCUUCAAGAUCUUGACCAACAGCACGCUCAUGGAAUCAGAAGUGCGGUAUUCGCUGCUGGACUGGAAGCAGCGCUACUGGUUCACGGUGCAGCCGCACACCGGCGUCGUGGCGCUAGUGUCGCCUCUCGACAGAGAAACUACAGCGCACCUGACGGUGCCGCUGGAGGCGCGUACGUCUCAGGGCAGCGCAGAAGCGACGUUGUACGUCACCGUCGAAGACGUCAACGAGUUUCCGCCGCGUUUUGCCAACGACGUUUAUCAGACGCAGAUUACUGAGGAAGACGACAGACACCUGCCUAAGCCGGUCAUACAGCCUGAAAAACCGUACGCACGGAACAUUCCUGAGUGCAAAACGUUCAACUCAGAACCGCCCCCCGCCGUCGCCCCGCCCUCGGUCUCCAAGAGCAAACACUGGACGCGUCGCCGGGCUGCCUUCUCCGUUGAUCCCGAGUCCGGCACCAUCUACGUGCUUAAG